AUGUUCGGAAUACGUACCCCGGCUAAGGACGCCCAGGUGCCAGACCCAAAGAAAGGACACCGGAAAAGACCGGUCCUGCAGAGAGAAGAUCAGAGAAAAACCGCCGGACCUGCGCAACAGAAGGCAAAAGGGGUUCCGGCGCCGUCUGCCGCCCCGGCUCAGACGCCGGAAGGAAUAGGGAGGGUGGCCGAGGCACGAUCAUGUCUGGUGAAGGUGAAGCUGCAGAUAGGAAACAGCCGGAACCUGAAGACCGACAUCAAAAACGACGUGCUGGCGGCCACCGAAAGGCUAUAUGAGCUGGUGAAGGAGGCAGAGGGUGUCGGAAAACAAAAGAAAAAGGACGAGGCAAAGAAAGGACAAGGGCAAGAGAUGGGCAAAGACAAGGAAGAAACACAAAGUAGAAGAGAAGAGGAAGAAGAAAGAGGAAAGAUAGAAAAGGAAUUGAUAGGAAAAUUAGAGGAGCACGGAAAGAUGUUACUGGAAAGCAAAAAAGAAAUGGAAAGGAUCAAAGAGGAAAUGAAGAAGAGCAGGGAGGAAAUGGCAGAACACAGGUCCUAUGCGGGUGUGGCAGCCGGCCCACAAAGAGAGAAACCACUCAGUGUGGCAACGGCAUACACUCGAUUGUAG